CAAACUCAGAGCAUUUCGAUCCAGCGCAACCGCCGCCAACACCACUUCGGGAGAGUCCUCGUCGCCGGAGAAGUAGCAAGCAAGAUGGCCGGAAGGAAGGGCGGCGACAGGAAGAAGGCGGUGACCCGCUCUGUGAAGGCCGGGCUCCAGUUCCCCGUCGGCCGCAUCGGGCGCUACCUCAAGAAGGGCCGCUACGCCCAGCGCGUCGGCUCCGGCGCCCCCGUCUACCUCGCCGCCGUCCUCGAGUACCUCGCCGCCGAGGUCCUUGAGCUUGCCGGCAACGCGGCCAAGGACAACAAGAAGACCCGCAUCAUCCCGCGCCACCUGCUGCUCGCCGUCCGCAACGACCAGGAGCUCGGCAGGCUGCUCGCCGGCGUCACCAUCGCGCACGGCGGCGUGAUCCCCAACAUCAACUCCGUGCUGCUCCCCAAGAAGUCCCCGGCCGCCGCCGAGAAGGAGGCCAAGUCGCCCAAGAAGAAGACCACCACCAAGUCGCCCAAGAAGAAGACCGCCGCCACCAAGGAGUAGCCGCCCCCAUAGCCUAGCCUGCGCCGAGGAACCGUGUCGUGUUGCCUAGUUAGUUGGAUCUUGUAUGUAGCGUAGUGGCCCUUUCAUCAGAUCUCGAUGAGCAAGGCCGGCAUUGUGUAUCUGUGAUUUCUGUGGGAAUGGCCAAAGAUGCAAUCCUUUCAAUCCUAAUUCUCCUGUGAAUC